UUAACAUUUGCGCUAAAAUUAUAUCUCAAAGUGACCAUCUGUCCUCCCUAAUACGAAAGGUUCUCUUCCUUUUCAACCUAUUACCCUCACUCCUUCUUUGUGUUGUAUUGUAUUGUGUCUCUAGAGCCUCACCAUGGCUCAACAGAUCGAACUACCGUCUCAGAUUACCACACAUUCCAACAAACCCGCCUCUCUUUAUCACACAUGCUUAACGGUCCUUGAUACAUUAGCCUGUGUUCCUGGUUUCGACAAUUUUAUGAAUCAGGAUGUUACCACUCCGACAUCACUUACUAUCCCUUCUCCUUCACCAACCACUGAUCCUGUUUCGAAGCUGUGGAACAUAUGUCGAAAGGGUUCAAGUCUAUGUUUUUUAUUCAACACUUUACGUCCCCAUACACCUGUCAAGGUCAACGAAGACGCCUCCCUUACAUCGGCCAAUGCGUGCAAGGCCAAUGUAUACCAUUUUAUCGUUGGCUGUCAGAAAGAACUUCAUUUCUCAGACGAAGAUCUCUUUACGAUAUGCGAUCUUACACAAGAUGACACCAAUGGCUUUGUGAAGGUCGUCCAUACGGUCAGUACUAUCUUGGAUAUGAUGCAAAAGGAAAACAUCAUCAAAGUGCAAUCCUCCAAGCGUAUGUCAGAUCCGCCAGCUACACUCACCAGCGCGAGAGCCAAGAGAGUGAACGAACUGGUAGAAACAGAGAGGAAAUUUGUUCAGGACUUGGAAGCUCUGCAGGACUACAUGCGCGAAAUCCAAACUCAGAAAAUUUUGCCUCCCGAUACCAUUCAUUACCUGUUUUCCAACUUGAAUGCCUUGGUGGAUUUUCAACGCAAGUUCUUGAUUAAACUUGAAGAGAUAGCAGAGCAAAAGCAGGAAGAACAAAGGUUUGGACACCUGUUCAUCCAGAUGGAAAGUCUCUUCUCAGUCUAUGAUGUUUUUUGCGCCAAUUAUCCACUGGCUCAAGAUUUGGUCAUUCAGGAGACACCGAAACUACAGAAAUUAGUGGAUGUCGCCAACCCUACCUAUGAGCUACAAUCUUUGCUCAUUAAGCCUGUUCAAAGGCUAUGCAGAUACCCGUUGUUGAUGGAAAAGUUGGUCGAAGAUACUGACCCUUCAUGGCCAUAUUAUACUGAAAUGAGAGAGGGGCUUGAAGCAACAUCAAGAGCGGCCAGCCGUGUCAACGAAGUCAGUCGUAGAAUCGAAAACCAGAAAUGUUUAGAAGAUCUGAAGCGCCGCGUCGACGACUGGAGAGGUUUAUCCGUAGACCAGUUUGGAAGUCUCCUUUUGGAAGGAAAAUUCAUCAUGUCCAGUAAUGAUGCUGAAAAGGAGCUGCUGGUAUAUUUAUUUGACAAAAUCUUGAUCAUUUGCAAAGAGAUGAAAGAAGGUACAAAAAGUCGUCUCCCUAAAACUAAUGCUAUUGGCAUUAGUAAGAAGAAGAGGAGAGCCAGCCUAUUGCUCAAAGGAAAGAUUUUCGUUUCUUUCAUCAUCAAGGUGGUCAACACAAGUAGUGAUGGGGUUUACUCACUCAAAAUCUUCUGGCAAAAUAAUGAUGUCGAAUCCUUUUCGUUAAAAUGCCCUAACGAAGAGCAUUUGCAGCGCUGGGAAACAACUCUCAACACUGUGUUAGGCGAAACCAGAAAGCCUCCAACCGCUGACAAUGGAUUUGACAUCAAGCAGUAUUCCACAAACUGGCAGUUAUCUGGAAAUGGACAAUCGAUCAACACAGUACCAGGAUCCCACGAUGACGACCACGAUGCUGUCAUUGACGAAAACGAUGACGAGGAAGACUAUGAAGGCGAAGGAGAGGAAGCACUGGAUUCACAAUAUAGGAUGCGUAGUGGAUCAACCUUCAAUGACGGAGAGUAUGGUCGAUAUUAUAACAGUAAGCAUCGUGCAACUGGUGGCAUGGCAGGAGUCGCUGGAGCUGUCCCUAUGCGCCAUUAUCCUACCGCACCUGGUAUGACAUUGCCACCGCUCCCAAGAUCCACAUUUUCGCUUCCCAGUACGUCAACACCAACAAGCCAAACGGAUUAUAACCGUUAUCCUGCAUCACCGCCUCCGUCUACACCGUCAUCGCCUACCUCCUCAGCUAGAGGAUCGGCUGGUAGCUCAAGUGCUAUAAGUGUCUGGCAACGCAGGAACAACGACUCUCCUCUCACUGACACGGUCGCCAAGUUCAUGAUUGGCGAUGACCUUCCUACCCCCACUGAGGAGCACAGAUCUUACACAACCGUUCCUAUAGGGAGGACGCAGUCUCAAACGCCCAACGGUGUCAAGAAAAAUAGUCAAUAUGGGCCACCUCACAGUAUUCAAAUGCGUUCAAGAUCGAAAAGCAGUCCUGAUGUACAUAAGAACCGAAAUUCAUGGGGACAAAACAUGGAUCGCGAUCAAUACGGGUUACCAACAACAAGGGUUCCACCAUUCAACAGUGAUGUUUUAGCCAAUCAAGUCAAAAUCAAAUUGAAUUACCCGGAUGGUAUUUAUGUGAUCCGAGUUGAACCUGACAUAAAAUAUAGGGACUUGCUUGAGCGAGUUUCCCGCAAGAUCGGUCCUCUGCGCCCUAUGAGCUCUCCAGAUACACUUCGACUAAAGUACCAGGACGAAGAAGGUGAUCUGAUCACUAUCAAUUCCGAUGAAGAUGUUCAGAUGGGUAUCGAAGCAAAGGGCAGUGCAAACACUGUCAAUCUCUUUGUCAGCUGCUAGAGCAUCUUCUAUUUGUCAUCAACAACUACAUACCCUCAUUGCCCAUAUACAUGCCGCCCAUAGACGCUCAAGCUUAUCACCCCCAACACACUCUUUACAACACCAAGCAUUCCCUUUUGUUCCUCUAGACGAGAUGACUAUUGCCCACUGCU